AACGACUUCCUCGAUGAUCUUAUUAUCCGCUGGUAAUCGUGCUUCAUGAACCUGGAUUGCGCCGUGCAAUCCUAUGUAACAGUUCUGUGUAACAGCCCUGCUGAAAAAGAUCAUACCACUCGUGACCUUUUGCGCAUUGGCUUCGGGGUGUUCCAUACCUCGCGUGAUAUACGCAAAGGUCACCAGAUGACCAGACUCUGUGGUUGGGAACCCUACAAUGCAUUGCAUAGUAUUGACACAUCCAUCGUUGGGUCAAGAAAAAUAUUUGAUCUGGCGACAAGACGAGCUAUCGAUCGGUUUGAUACAAAUACAAUGGAAAAGACAAAGACAAAAAGUCUUCAACGGCCCCCUGCCUCUCCUUUCUACUCUUUACCUACACAUUCCAAACGCCCAUGACGAGCGGCGAGACCUCUGAUUGGAUCGGAGGGCGCGGGUGAGGACGGGACCUCUUCGUGCGUUGAAUAGGUUGAGGGGUGUCAUAGACGAUGAUGGGUCGAUCUCGCGACAGGCCAUCGGAUAAGUU